GCCUAUAUUAUUGACUUUAGAGGUACUUGGGAUGACCAUUUGCCACUUAUUGAGUUUGCCUAUAAUAACAGCUACCAUUCUAGCAUUCAGAUGGCACCGUAUGAGGCUUUAUAUGGCAGGAAGUGCAGGUCACCUAUUGGUUGGUUUGAUGUUGGUAAGGUUAAGUUAAUCGGACCUGAUAUGAUUCAACAAGCUGUUGAUAAGGUCAAGCUUAUUCGAGAAAGGUUAUUAGCAGCCCAGAGUCGACAGAAAUCAUAUGCAGAUAAUCGACGUCGACCCUUAGAGUUUCAGGUUAGUGAUUGGGUGUUUUUGAAGGUGUCACCCAUGAAGGGGGUAAUGAGAUUCGGUAAGAAAGGAAAGCUUAGCCCGCGCUACAUUGGCCCUUAUCAGGUUACUCAUAGAAUAGGCAAGGUUGCAUAUGAGUUGGACCUACCAUCUGAUUUGGAAGCAGUGCACCCUUUUUUUCAUGUGUCGAUGCUUCGCAAAUGCAUUGGUGAUCCUUCUAAAGUAUUUCCCAUGGAUGAUAUCCAGGUGACGGAGGAGCUUUCUUAUGAGGAAAACCCUAUAGCUAUACUUGAUCGCCAAGUCAGAAGGUUACGUACUAAGGAUGUGGCUUCCGUCAAAGUAUUAUGGCAAAAUAACAAUAGAGAAGAGAUGACCUGGGAAGCCGAGGAAGAGAUGAAGGAUAAGUAUCCUCACUUGUUUUCUACGCCUACAGGUACAAAUACUCAUUUUGGAGAGCCGCCAACUUAGGAUUCUACUCAACGAGUUUGAAGUGCUCCAUUGUCUCGGAGCCCAAACUUUGGGUACUAAUCCUUAUAAUGUAUAUAUUUGUGUAUUUAGGGGUACGACGGGGCCCUGUCCCGUCAUAUGCUAUUGUUAAUUCUCUUAGAGGUCUGUAGACAUAUGAGUGGGUUGUAUAUAGAUGUUGUCCGGUGUACUAGUAUGACUUAUGUUUUUGGACGUUUACAUUCAGAAUGGAAGCCUUGUCGGCUUACAUAUUAUGUUAUCUUAUUUUUGACAAUUAAGACUCCCCAAGAAAUAGGUGAUUUUAGUAUAUAUAUAAGUAACAGUUUGAGACAACGUGCUACCCAUAUAAAUCCUUUAUCAUGCUUAAUUGCCGAUUGACUAUAGAUAAUAUGUGUGUAUACGAGGGUCCAAUUUGGACACUAGUCACGGGGCUAGGUCG